AUGUCGUACUACGAUUUGGAUGACAUUCUAGCUGAUGCAGAAAAGGUGCCUUGUAGGUUCAAUAUCCUGGUUCCAGGCUUGGGGUACCUAGAAGGUCAGCCAGGAAAAGCCAUACAAAAAGAUACAAAAAUCGAAUUACCGCUCUGGUUAGCGGAAAUUUUGGCAAUCUGUGAGCUUCUGGAAGAGUCACAGCAGAGUUUCAUAGACUUAUUACAGCCUGAUUUCAUCAGUCCCAAGGUGAUAAAUGCCAUAAAGACGAGUCCCACGUCGGUGGACUUGCACGCCAUUCUUCCCUACUAUUACAGACUAACUGAAAAAUGGGCAUCUAUGUUUUCGGAUUCGGAGUUGGCGACCGUUGUAUCUGAUACCUUGAAGCGGAGGUCACUAGAAAUAUAUAACCACGCGAAUAGUGCCACCAAGCAGCUCAAUUUCAUCUAUUCGCUAGACGAAUAUGAAAAGGAAGUGUUUAAGAAGACUAGUGAAAGUAGUCGAAGUAUGCGCCAAUGGUUGAAAUACUGA